AAUGCUAUGCUCCUGUCUUGGUCAAAAUGUGAGGCAGGAGAAGAGACGACCACAAGGUUUUUGUUGUCCUCGUCUAUAAUCAUUCAUCAGGCAGACGUUUGUAUCAUAUGAUAUGGUUGAUGGAUGGCGAAAUUGGAAAUCGCGUAGUUAAACGUGAACAUAUGCUUAUCAGAUUAGAAUAGAAAUGGAGCGGCAGGUUAUCGUUCAGAACAAUUCCUCCUCCGAACCCGAAGAUCCAAACGAGAAGAAUACGAAGAAGAAAGAGGACGUCGCUGCAGAUCCAGAAUUCUUCAGCUGUUUGCUUCAACCUUCUCCCCCCGACUCCGAUCCUAAUUACAUCGGAAUCCGCCGCCUCCUCCUCUUUCGCAAAGCGCAGUCCGGUGUUCUCCGCCGCAAGGAGUGGAGAUGCAAUGGGAAAGGCUACGUUGCGUACCGUAAUUACAUUAACAGGCCAAGGAAUUGGGAGAGUUUAAACGUACCGAGCCACUCCAACACUCCGGGGAACAGUGGCCGAUGGGUGCCAUCUCCAGGUCCACUUUCCCGGCAGUUAAGUGAAGUGGACAGCUGGAGCCCCGGUCGGUUUUUGCGGAGUGGCAGCCAAGCAUUUAGCCGUAGCAGCUCGAAUCUUAGUGAUAGUGAUUUCCCACAUAAAAAGACUGAACCUGCGUAUUCAUUUGUAGGGAUGCAUUGCAUUUUUGAUCAAUGCAAGGCCUUGGUUACUGUUAUAAAGUUUGGGCACAUGAGUUCUGACCUACUUGCAUAUGGAGCAUCUGAUGGGAGCUUAACAGUCUGCAGUGUCUCUACACCACCUUCAGUUAUCAAGCAAUUAAUUGGACAUUCGAAAGAUGUCACAGAUUUUGACUUCUCUGCAAAUAAUCACUAUAUUGCCUCAUCAUCCAUGGACAAAACUGUCCGAGUAUGGGAUAUUUCCCAAGGCCUUUGCAUUAGGGUGGUGUAUGGCAUCUCUCCCCAGCUUUGCAUUCGAUUCCAUCCUGUGAACAAUAACUUUCUUUCUGUUGGCAAUGCAAACAAAGAGAUUACUGUUUUUAAUUUUAGCACUGGGAGAACAAUAAGUAAAUCAAUCUUUGAUAGUGAGGUUACUGCAAUGGACCACGACCACACUGGCCAGCUCAUAUUUUGUGGUGAUACUCAGGGAUGGAUAUACUCGGUUACUAUGGAUUCUCAUAUUGGUACUCUAUCUCGGUCUCACCGUCAACGAAGUAAUAGUAAGGGCAAAUCUCCUAUUACAACAGUACAAUACAGAACGUUUUCAUUGCUUGCACGAGGACCGGUGUUGCUGACUUUUGCUCGUGAUGGAACUUUGUCUUUUUACAGUGUUUCUUCGGAGACACAAGGUUACUUGACUCUUCGCUGCUCGUUGAAGUUGGCCUCAAGACUUCAUAGUAUUCGUGCCUCUUUCUGUCCUCUGCUUUCCCUUGAAAAGGGAGAAUAUAUAGUUGCUGGAAGUGAGGAUGCAAACGUCUAUUUCUAUGACUUAACUCGGCCAAGGCAUACAUGUGUAAACAAGCUACAGGGCCAUGGCUACCCAGUUAUAGGUAUUGCUUGGAACUACGGGGAGAACUUACUGGCUUCUUCUGAUUUUGGUGGCACAGUUAUUGUAUGGAAGAGAGCAAAAACAAGUUAAAACAGUUUCACUGAGCAAUAGACAUUUGAAAUACGAUAGAUGGGGUUCCUGUAGAUCAAUGCAUCAUUGUUUUUUGCUUGCAUGGGAAGGUUUACUCCCUCUUACACAUCAUGAUGAUUAUGGAGAAAUGACCUCUCUCUCUCUCUCUUUGA